GAGAUGGAAAUUGUUACUCUCUCCCCACAAGGAUUCUUCUUCUUCCUAGAGUGAAAAUGGUUGAUUAUAAAGUGACUGUGUCUACUGUGGACAUUGCUACUGCCUCCACUUUCCACAAUGUCUUCAUUAAACUGGUGGGCGAAGAUGGGGAGAGCGACCAUACGUGGCUUAUAAGCCUUAAAGGGGCACUAUCCUUCAAAAGAGGAGCAGUGUCUACUUUUACCGUGUCCUGCCCUGCCUCUCUUGGAAAGCUGGUCCUGAUAGAGAUAAACAAAAAGCAUCUCCCACUGUUCCCUGAAGACGAUUGGUUCGCUGCCAAGGUGGAAGUGAAAUCCCCUGAGGGAAACACCUACAGCUUCCCCAUCUACCGCUGGAUCUCUGACAGCGAGGUGCACCGCUUCAGAGAGGGAACAGCUCUGAAAGCCUAUGAAGACAACCAUCAUCUUGGCCUGUACAGUCGGCAGCAGGAGCUGAUCCAGCGAGAGAAAGACUAUCGCUGGGCUGCGUAUGCUGAGGGAAUACCUCACAACAUGAAGGCAGAAGACCCUGAUUCUCUGCCCUCUGAGGUCCGCUUCUCCUUUACCAAGCAAACAGAGUUUCGAUUUACCGCGCUUACUGGGCUGGCAGAGCUCCAGAUAAAAGGACUGGCUGAUAACAAAGAGAACUGGCCUGACAUCGAUUCUAUCGAUCGGGUGUUCUGCUGCAAACAGACUGACAUAUCAGAAUAUGUCCAGGACCAUUGGAAGGAGGACUCUUUUUUCGGCUACCAGUUUCUAAACGGUGUCAACCCCAUAUUGAUCCGACGCUGUUCAGCUCUGCCUGGUAACUUCCCUGUCACUGAUGAGAUGGUCUUCCCCAGUGGACAGUGUAGCUUGGCAGAUGAAAUGAAGAAAGGCAACAUCUUCCUGUGUGACUACAAGCGUUUGGAUGGACUGAAAACAAACACCAUCAAUGGGAAGAAGCAGUACUUGAUGGCUCCUCUUGUCCUGCUCCACAAAACACCUGAUGAUAAGCUGAUGCCAGUUGCUAUUCAGCUGAAGCAGACUCCAGCAGAUGACAAUCCCAUCUUCCUCCCUACUGAUUCUGAGUACGACUGGCUGCUGGCCAAGAUUUUUGUGAGAAGUGCAGAUUUCAACGAGCAUCAACUCAACGUCCACCUGCUGCGCACUCAUCUGCUGGCUGAGGUGUUUGCAGUGUCGCUGCUGCGCAACCUGCCCAUGGUGCACCCACUGUACAAGCUCUUUGUACCUCACACUCGCUACACUCUGCAGAUCAACUUCUUAGCUCGAAAUCUCCUAAUAUCUGAGAACGGAAGUUUCACAAAGUUUGCAUCUUCUGGUGGAGAGGGGGUGACCACACUCCUGAAGAGAUCUCUGUCCUCAAUGACCUACAGCUCUCUCUGCAUGCCAGAAGACAUUGCUGAGCGUGGGCUGGAGGAUGUGCCGAACUUCUACUACAGAGAUGAUGGACUCCAGGUUUGGGAUAUCAUCAACAGGUUUGUGCAGGGAGUGCUGGGCUUCUACUACAAGAAUAAUGCUGAGGUCCAGAAAGACUCUGAACUGCAGAAGUGGAUUUCGGACAUUUUUGAACAUGGAUUCCUUUCCCAAUGGAGCUCAGGAAUUCCACAGACUUUUACCACCGUUGCUGAGUUGGUCAAGUUUGUCACCAUGGCGAUCUUCACUUGCUCAACACAGCACGCGGCUGUGAACUCUGGACAGUAUGACUAUGGUGGCUGGAUGCCCAACACUCCCCUCACCCUGCAACUUCCUCCACCAACCAAAAAGGGAACAACAAGUGAGGCAACGAUGCUGCAGACAUUGCCUGAUAUCAACGCAACAGUUCAGGGAAUGGCCACCAUGUGGCUGCUCAGCAAUCAGUCCUCUGACUUCGUCCCUCUCGGCCAGUUCCCAGAGGACCAUUUCAGUGAGGAGGUUCCCCGCAAGCUGAUCAAGGAUUUUCAAGGAGAGCUUGACGUGUUGAGUAAAGCCAUCAAAGCCAGAAACAAAAGUCUGGAGGUCCCAUACACAUAUAUGGAUCCAACUAAGGUAGAAAAUAGUGUGGCCCUUUGA